GUGCAACGAUAUGGAGUUUUCGUGCGACAACAAAUGCAUCCCAGAUGCGUGGGUCUGUGAUGGCGGCAAGGAUUGUGAGAGCGGAGAGGAUGAACAAGACUGCGCGCCUGUCACGUGCGAUGCUGAACAGUUUUCGUGUGGCAACAGAUGCAUCCCAGAUACGUGGGUAUGCGACGGUGAGAACGAUUGCUUCAACGGAACGGACGAGGAGGACUGUGAAGCGAUAACGUGCGACGACACGGAGUUUUACUGCGACGGAAAGUGCACCGCGAUGAUCGCUGUUUGUGAUGGACAGAGCGACUGCGCGGACGGAACGGACGAGCAAGACUGCGGGCCGGUGACAUGCGCUGAUACUGAAUUCUCUUGCGACAACUCGUGCAUACCGAAUGUCUGGGUUUGCGACGGCAACGACGAUUGUAGCGAUGGCGAGGACGAGCGAGGCUGCGAACCUGAAGGAUGCGCUGAU